AUGGCAGAAUAUACCUCAUUGAAAGUGCCGGAGCUGAAGAAGCUCCUGGCUGAGAAGGGACUGUCGCAAACAGGCAACAAGGCCGAUUUGGUUGCGCGACUCGCCGAGAACGACCAGAAGAAGGCUGAAGAAGAAGCAAAGCAGCCCGAGCCAGAGAAGGCCGACACCAAAAAGCAAGGUGAACAUGACACCACGCUCAACCCUUACUCAUCCCCGCAUAUUAACCCCUGCGCAGAAGAACCUAAGGAGGAUGAGAUCACCUACUCCGAUGAUGAGGCUCCGGCCACCAAGGCAGCCCCCGCCGCCGAGUCUACAGCUUCCACCGCUGAGGCUCCCAAGGAAGAGCCCGCUGCCGAGGACAGUGCCAAGCCCGCCGAUGAGGGUGCCGAAGCUGCUGCAGAGGCGCCCAAGCCCUCCUACGCAAUUGGACUUGCUUCCAGCUCCGCCGACGCCGAAGCCAAGAAGCGUGCCGAGCGGGCGAAGCGAUUCGGUAUCGAGGAGGACGAUGACAAUAAGAAGCUUUCGGAGCGUGCUAAGCGAUUUGGCCUCGAUGACAAAGAGAUCCCCGCCGGCUUGGACUCGGCCCUGCCCGAGCGACCCCUGAAGCGCGGCCGCGGCCGUGAGAACGACGGCAAGGCCAACGGAAGGGCGAACAAGCGCCAGAGCCUCGAUCGCAGGGGCGGGCGCCGGAGAGGUGGCCGCCAGGGCGGCAAUGAGGGCGGCAGCAAUGCCGGUGCUAAGCCCAGGUCAAACAUCUUGAGUGACCCAGCGGAGAAGGCCAAGGCGGAGAAGCGAGCUGCGAGAUUCGCUUCGUCCUAG